AUGCCCGCCAGAACAAACGGCAGCACCGUCACGGCGGUGCCCUCGAAGCGCUUCGAGCUCCCCGUCUUGGACUUCAAGUUCGGAUCGCUGACCGAGGGGACCGACAUCCCACCCCCGCUGCCCUCGCCCAUACAGGAGGAGCGCCCGAAGACGCCCGUCAAGGAGGACAAGGAGGCGGCGAACGGCAAUGGGGUUUCCAAGUCAUCAGAAGCCCAGGCGAACGGCAAUCACACCCCUGAGUCGAUGGUGACGACGUCCACAAAGGCCGGCGUGAAGCGGCCCGCAGACGACGCUCCCGUCUCCCCGACUCUAUCAAACCGCCAGGGCAGCAUCCGCCGCCUCUUCAGCCGGAAUCUACUCAAUGCGCAGUACGAGCAGGACGGUCAGAGUAGCAUCGAUGGCCGGCCGACGAGCCAAAGCAACGGCAGUGUCAUGACGGAGAAGCAGGCGAAGCGAAGCAGCUGGUUCCGCCGGAUACGCGGUGAUGACACCAGUAGCAAGAGGUCAAGUCGGAUCUUCGAAGAACCCAAGAAGCCUGCUGGUCCACCGCCACCGAUGAUCCCUGAGCUAAGUGCUCUGGAAUCAAAAGUUGACGUAAAUGACGGCGGCUUUGGUUCUGACUUGUUCAAGAAUAUCAAGUAA